AACGUCGUUGUGCGAAAUUUUGUAUUGUAUGUAAACGGUUGAGUUGACGGACAGAUCCAAGGGGGGAGGUUAGGCUGACGCGGCUGACGUAACGUAGUCAGCUGAAAGCUAUUUUCAUUUUUUAUUUUAGUACUAGUACAAGUACAAAUUCAAAAUGCCCAAUAUAGUUAAUGAAAUUAAAUUGGACUUCAAAGAUGUUCUACUGAGGCCCAAAAGGUCCACUAUAAAAAGCCGGAACGAUGUUAAUUUAUUUAGGAACAUUACUUUCCGAAAUUCCAAACAGAAUUACAAUGGAAUUCCCGUCAUGGCUUCCAAUAUGGACACUGUCGGAACAUUCAAUAUGGCAAAAGCUCUUUCCUCGAAUGGUUUGUUCACAUGCAUCCAUAAAUACUACAGCGUUGAGGAAUGGCAAUCUUUUGCCAAGGAAAACCCAGACUGCUUGAAGAACGUAGCUGCCAGUUCAGGAAUGUCAGAUGCCGACUUCAUUAGACUGUCAGAUAUUUUGAACGCCGUACCCGGUGUUACGUUCAUCUGUUUAGAUGUAGCCAAUGGUUAUUCCCAGCAUUUCGUGGACUACGUUAGAAGAGUUAGAUCGGCUUUCCCCAACCAUACCAUCAUUGCAGGUAACGUUGUCACCGGAGAAAUGGUGGAGGAAUUGAUACUGUCCGGUGCAGAUGUCAUUAAGGUUGGAAUCGGUCCUGGAUCUGUUUGCACCACAAGGAUGAAGACUGGUGUUGGCUAUCCGCAACUGUCCGCUGUUAUAGAAUGUGCUGAUGCAGCCCAUGGUCUCCAAGGUCAUAUUAUAUCUGACGGAGGUUGUACUUGCCCAGGUGAUGUUGCCAAAGCUUUCGGAGCUGGUGCUGAUUUUGUUAUGGCUGGAGGUAUGUUUGCUGGACACGACGAAGGAGAUGGGGAGCUCAUUGAAAAGGAUGGAAAGAAGUAUAAAUUAUUUUAUGGAAUGUCUUCAAACACUGCGAUGCAAAAACAUGCAGGUGGUGUAGCUGAAUACAGAGCUUCAGAAGGAAAAACCGUUCAAGUUCCAUAUAGAGGAGACGUACAGACGACUGUUCUAGACAUUUUGGGAGGACUUCGAAGUGCUUGCACCUAUACCGGAGCUUCCAAGUUGAAAGAACUACCGCGAAGAGCUACGUUCAUGCGCUGCACGCAACAACUCAACAAUAUAUACAGUUAGCCACCAAAUUAACUAAGUAAAUUUUAGCUGAUUUAAUUUUACGAGAGGUUUUAGCCAAAUGUUAAAAGCUUUAGUAGUUAGGUUUUACCAUGUUAAAAACGCACAUUUACAAAAGCCAUAUUAUGUAUUGUAAAUCUUUAAAAUGCUAUGACAAUAUUAAAAAUUCUGAUUUAUUAAGGUACUUUAUAGUACAUUUUAGAAGACCAAAAGUCUUCUAAAGUGUACUAGUACCUUAAGAGAAGAGAGUAAUUGUGCGGUUCAAAGACUGUUUAGCCCAUUGAAGAACACGACUGCAUAUACAGACAGUAAUUUCCGUUUGUAAGUGUCUGCAUAUGCAGUCGUGUAUGCGAAUGGGUUAAAAAACAAAUAUUAUGGUUUGGAAGGUGUUAAAAUUUUUCGACUUUAAAAUAUAGUUCAAUAUUAAGCUUUUCUAUAGCAGGCAUACAUUUUUAUGAGGUUUCAUGAGGUGCCCGAAACGUCUAGUUUUGGCUUGGAGUUUCAGUCAAAUCUACGGUUAUGUUAUCUUUAUAUAAUUCUUGCAAUAAAUGGAUUUUGUAGGGUUUAAAUAAAUUCGUAUGCAAUGUGUGCAAGACUGAAUAGUGAUUUACAUCAUGUAUUUGUGCAGCUCUGUUUGAGGAUAUAUGUGAAUUUUCAACGAAUCUCUGCAUUAAAUCUAAAAUUUUAUUGUAAUUUGUAACAGUUUUUGGUCUUCCUUUUCGAAUGCCAUCUUUUAUUCGUCCAGUUUACUCAAAGAGCUUUACAUUUUGUUGUACCGUAGCCUUUUGGAGAGGAGGAUUGUUUGGAAGUAUCGUUGAACAAGAGGAGAAUUGUUUGGAAGUAUCGUAGCCCCUCGUUAAAAAACAGUAAUUCGUAAUUUUUCAUUAAAGACCAUUUUGGAUAUUAGUGCACCCUAAUAUGUCUGCGUAGAUUUUGGCAUUGAAUCCGACCAUCACUUGAAACACCGUUGCCGUAUCCUCUAUUUUUUCAUACUAUCACGUUACAAUUUUUUGUGAUAUUAUACACGAGCGGGACACCUUCAAAAAAGCGCUUAGUUUUCGAGAUACUGACCACGAAGGGGUGAAUAGCUAAUUUUAUUCAUACUUUAUAUUUUCGAGGGUGCUGAAAACGAAAAUGAGGUUUACUUUGAAUUUUAUGUGGGGGAACAUUGUCAAAAUCGCAAUUUUAACCUAAAAAUAAAAAAAAAAAUAAAAUCACGUUUUUUGCGUUUACCUCGCUACAACUCUGUUCCAUUUUAUCUCUAAGGUAUCAUUUUAUGCUCUAACAUUUCUGAAGACAAAGGUGCCUGCUUCAAGUUUCUAUUCUUAUCCAUGAUAAAGGUUAUCAUUUUUUCAAAGCAAAAGGUGCGGAUUUGUGCAUUGCAAAGUUUAAGCGUAAAAGUUGUGUGACGAAGUUUAAAAUUUAGCUUCUUAAUCACGUUUAUUUGAAAGUAGAGAGUACAAAGAAGUUUGCUGGUAAGUUUUAGAUCAAAAUGUUUUAUAGAAAAAAAAAUAGUGCAACUUUUAAUGUCGAGAUUAGAAAUCCCCAAUAUAACGCUUAUUUUUUGAGGGACAGACAAUCCAGGUCUAAUUUCUCACCUUUAGUACCAUCCUUGGAUUAUAAGCUUUCAUUUGACACCUCAUUUGUCAUUUUACCUAGUAUAAUGACGGAGAAGUAAACCUUCUUAUUCUAUUAUUCUUGUAGGUACAUUUAACAUUGAUUGAAAUUGUGAAAGAAAUGGCAUGGCAACACUGUGACGCACAAACAUAAAAUUCAGCUGUGUUACAUAGGGUGCACUAAUAUCCAAGAUGUCGCUUUAUUUGACCAGAAUUUAAAACACAUAAAACAACGGCCAGCUUUAGUUAUUAAUAAAAUUGAUUUUACAAAACUUUUCGAUAAACCUCAAGCAAUUGUUAGUUUUUUAAUUGAUCUUUAACACGGCUUUUAAAUAUAUUUAUUAAUCGUAUACAAGGUUUCUUUUUGCACAUCUGAUGGAACCAUUACUUUUUAUAUAAUAUUUAUAUAAUUUUUGUUUUACAUAUUAGUUUUAUUUUAGCUAAGCCAUAUUUGGUUAAAACCUCAUUCGAAGUAUGGGCUAAAUAGUUUAUAUUUUACAAUUUCUAAAUAAUUAAUGUACCUACCUGUGUUUAUUAAAACUGACUGCAAUAUACCAAUGUUCUGUUUAUUUAAAGUAAAAAUAAUCACAAUAAUUUUAACUAUUAUUAGCAUUAUAAUAAAUAAUACUUACAAAAUUUCAACUCAUCAUUAUCAUCAUCUUUGGCUGGACAAUCUUUUGUGGAUCCUGGUAUACCAAACUAACGCAUUGAUUGGUAUUCGAGGUGUGCAAGUACUUGGAAGGGAUACGUGAAACGAUCGUGCGCGAAUAGCGGAGAAAUAUUGCAACUUUCUUAAAUAAUUCAUAUUGUCAAUUGAAAUUGUCAAAUUGACGUACAUUUCAUAUCUACUGACAUUGAAGGAGAAAAAUUAUAUGUUGCUCCACAAUAUUGAUAUGAUAUGCAAUUAUUAUAUAAAGGUAAAUUCAAUUAAUCGUAUUUUGCUUGCAGUACUGCAUUUUAAUAACUAAUUUUAUUUACUACAUACAAUUGUUUAAGUUUUCAUCACAUAACCUGAAUCUUAUUUUUUCUCCUUAUUAUUUUUUUUGGGUUAUGGUCUUGACAAUUAUCCAGCAACCAGGACUAACGUAAUUGGUAAAUACAAUUAAAAGUGCGAAUAAAAGUGCACAGCGUAGAAAUAGGUGUCGCUUUGCGCAACUUGCAUGGUCCCAAUAGUAUUGUUCUCUUGUUACUGUCGUAUGCGUCCGUGAAGUCGACGAAGAGGUGAUGAGUUUCAAUGUUAUGGCGUCAUCACAUUUCGCUAUAUGCUACUUCUUAUGCGGCUACGCUGUAUGCGCCCAAAUAUGCGUUAUGCGUACGCAUACGCAUCAAACUAAUAUUAACAAAUGAACCCUAACCCCAUCCUAUGCGGCCGAAUAAGGUGCAUAACUAAUAACACAUAGCGAAGUGUGAUACCUCCAUUAAAUUCAUUUUUCUCGAGUAUCUGUUCGAUUGAAUUAAUCUGUUCUAAUUGUCGAUUUUUUUGGAGUGAAUCCGGCCAGGUAUCUUCCAAUUAUGUGUAUUCAUUGUGUAAGCCUGUAGCCUUUCGUAUAAAAUAUUCGCUAGUAUUUUGUAAGCAUGCUGCAUGAUACCUCUGAAGGUGUCACUCUAUACCUGGUCGCCUUUUUUAUGUAAUGGGCAUAUAUCACGCCUUGAGACCAUUCACAAGGCAAGGUUUCAUUUUGCCAGACAAGAAGUAAAAGUUUAUGCAGUGUCUGUAGCAGGGGAUUGCCCCCUCAAUUCCAAAUUUCAGCUGCUGAAGCCAAUUACAUCAAAUUUGGCCAGGUUGUGCUUUCGACUCUAUCUUUGGAGUCAUCUUUAAUGCAUUUUUCACUCACAGUUUUAGUGAGCAAUGAGAAAUUUUAGAAAAUAUAUUAAAUUAUAAUAUUUAUUACGUUAUUUUAGGGGGGACUAUAUUUUACCCAAAAUAAAUAGCCAAUUAUAAAAUAUUUAUUUUUUGGUCCAUACUACGAAGAAUAGUUUAUUGUAAUACGUACAGGGAGAGAGUUACGUGCUUAGCUUAUGAAAGAAGGGAAGAUAUCUGUGAAGCAAUUUAUUUUAUUAUGUAGAUACUUCAAUCAUGCUGGUCAGUGGCGUAACUUAAUACUAAAAGCAUGUCAUGAACUUUUCGUAAAACUCAUAUUAAAUUGUUAGUGUAUCCUGCAGAAAAGGUAUUUCCUAUUGCGUUUUCGCUAUUAUGAAAGGCCUAUUUUUUGCCUUGAUUCUUCGUCACUUCUAGCAACGUCUACCUAUAUACUGAUUCACAAAGCUUAAAUCCAUCCAUAACUUUUUGUAGAAGAACUUGUUACCUUUUUUCUUUUAUUUUCAUUUCAUUUUAUUUUGGUUUUCAUUUUAAAAUUGUAUUUAUACAAUAUUACGUCUCCAAAAUAUAUUUACAACAAUUAUGUGGCACAAUUUAGAACAAAAUAAGUUGUACCUUCUAGUGAAUCCUACAUUUUUAAUAUUGAAUCAUUUUUUUAUUGCUACGCCACUGUCUGAGUGUGGAUGAUACAUAGGGUGUUUACUUAGAAAAUGCAGAUAUUAUUUUAUUUUUCUACUCUCUACUAGUUGUUUUUAGAACUCUUUUACGACGUAUUAGUAUAAUGUAAUGUUAAUGGAUUACCGUUGAAAGCCGAUAAGAUCAAUCAAAAAAGAUGUAUUUGGUGAUUGCUUUUGUGACUUUCUUGGGUGUGAGUCUGUGUUUUUAGUUUACUCCUACUGGUUUAAAAACAAACCAUAGGUUAUAAACAACCGGUUUGACAAUUUUAACAUUAGGUACUCAUGCCAGAUUCUUCUUUUUUGUAGCUGAGAUAUAACUAAACUGCAUUUUCUGCGCAAAUACCCUUUAUCUAGUUACCUACCAUUUUUUUGUGAUAAAACGAUGGCUAUUAAACUGUAUUAAAUCUUAUAUGUUUUAACAAAUUGUAUGAUUUAUAAAGGAAAUGAGGGUAAACUGUUAAAAAAAAUUACUUAUAAUAGUAAAGCUUGUCACGCACGGGGAGCUAUACUAUACAGGGUGUAACGAAAAUACAGGUCAUAAACUUAAUCACAUAUUCUGGGACGAAAAAUAGUUUGAUUGAACCUAACUUACCUUAGUACAAAUGUGUAUAUAAAAAAAGUUACAACCCUUUGAAGUUACAAAAUGAAAAUCGAUUUUUUCCAAUAUAUCGAAAACUAUUAAAGAUUUUUUAUUGAAAAUGGACAUAUGGCAUUCUUAUGACAGUAGCAUCUUAAGAAAAAAUUAUAGUGAAAUUUGGACACCCUAUAAAAAUUUUAUGGGGGUUUAGUUCGUUUAAGCCCCCCCAAACUUUUGUGUACGUUCCAAUUAAAUUAUUAUUGUAGUACCAUUACUUAAACAAAAUAUUUUUAAAACUUUUUUGGCUCUUAGUACUUUUUCGAAAAGUCAGUUUUUAUUGAGAUAUUUUGAAUAUUUGUCAAAUCCACCACAUAUUUGUAUAUGGUUAAAUACGAUUAUGGAGACUUGGUAAUAAUGUAAAAAUUUAUGUAUGAUUUACAUUUUUAGGUAUAUUUUGAACCGUAUUAAAAAAGAAGUCAUAUCUCGAUAAAAGUUGACUUCUCGAAAAAAUACAAAGAGGCAAAAAAGUUUUAAAAACAUUUUGUUUAACUAAUGGUAUCGCAGUAAUAGUUUAAUUGGAGCGUGCACAAACAUUUGGGGGGUUUAAAGGAACAGAACCCCCAUAAAAUUUUUAUGUAAACAUAUUAAAAGAUAAGCCGCAACUCGAUAAAAACUGCCUUAUCGAAAAAAUACUAAGAGCCAAAAAGUUUUAAAAAUAUUGAAUUUAACCAAUGGUACCACAAUAAUAAUUUAAUUGGAACGUACAGAAAAGUUUGGGGGGGUUUAAGGGAACAAACCCCCAUAAAAUUUUUAUGGGGAGCACAAAUUUCACUAUAAUUUUUCUUUAAGAUGCUCCUGCCAUAAGAAUGCCACAUAUCCAUUUUCAAUAAAAAAUCUCUAAUAGUUUUCGAUAUAUUCGAAAAAAUCGAUUUUCAUUUUGUAACUUCAAAGGGCUAUAACUUUUUUUGUGUGCAUAUUUGUACUAAGGUAAGUUAGGUUCAUUCGAACUAUUUUUGGUCCCAGAAUAUGUGAUUUAAUUUAUGACCUGUAUUUUUGUUACACCCUGUAUAUCAUAUGUAAUAUGUUACAUCUCAAAUCGCUCACUAUAGUAAUGAGUGAGCCAGCAUACAAGGAACUGUAAUAUAAUGGUUCCGUGUAUGCAGGCUCACUCAUUAGCAUAAGAGAGCGAUAUGAGAUGGAAUAUAUAAGAUAUAAAAUAUAUUAUAUUGUCCUUUUCAUGAACAUUUUUCAGUGCGUAACAAAUGAUAGGAAAAAGGGUAAGUCCGUGAUAAUACACAUUUAUGACAUUUAUUCUAACAUGACAUUUUAGUUAAAUCUGACAGUUGUCACAUUUUAUUUUCAAUUUGGAAUAAAAACAAAUCAAAUGUGUUUCUUGCAUUUAUAAAAUGGUAUUUUCUUUGAUUUGUAUAGUCUUAUAAUUUAUACAGAUUAUAUUUGUAAUAUUAUUAUCUAAUUAAAAAAAAUUAUUUUUUUAUUAUGGCGCCAUCUAUCGAACAACUAGAAUAACUAGAAUAAAUAUUGUAAAUGUCUGUAAUCACGGACGUGCCUUUUUUCUGUCACAUACAAUUUAAUGCGUUCGAAAGAAAUCGAAAAACUGUGACGCACUGAAAGAUGAUCAUGAGAAAAAGAAUAGUAUAGCUCCCAGUGCGUGACAAGCUUUAUACCUAUAUUAUUAUAAAGUGGUUAUAAAUUCUUGCCAUGAAAAAAACAUUGUAAGAUAUCAACUAUCACAGAACAUCAAGCGAUGACGCUGGUGUUUUGUGCUAACAUGGUAUAAUAUAGGUACGUUAAAAAAUGAAGUUAAAAUUCUUUGAUUUUAAAAGUUAAAAUUUAUGAAAAUAAUGUCACUUGCCCUAGCAGUUGUAAGGAUUCGAUAAUGUUGAUUAACCGAAGGAUGCCUUUUAGUAUUUAUGUGAAACAGUACGUUGUGUUACCUAAAUAAUAAAGCGUAUGCGAAAGAGA